UUGUAAAUGGUUUCCCUUCACGCGCGGCCGCGAGCGAAAUGCGACUCCGCCAAGCAAAGUCGUUAAACGUGUAAAAGAGUAACUGCCGUAACUGAUGCCACUUAUUCCGUUUUUAACUGUGCGGCCUAUUACAUUUUUAUGGCUGUAACAGGAGGCAAAUGCUAAAAGGUGCAACGAGUUAAGUAUGUAAGACGAAUUGCCGCACGCGAACUUCCAUUGGGUUGGAAGUUCCUGUUAGCUGCGCGUCUGCCCAGGACUCAGCUCGUCAGAAAACGGAGCCGCCAUGUCAGGCGCAGCGAGUCUAGUCGCGCUGCUGGUGAUCGGCGCGCUGGCGACCACCGGCACCUCGGCACGGCGCAUGCGCAGUCCCCGGGGAGCCGCUGGUCCCCCCCUCCCCGCCGACCAACACGCCGACCAUCCACAGGACCCGCAUCCGCCGGCCAGGAGAUCCAACCCGCGCGGCAAUCACCCAGGGCACAAACAACGGAACCAUUAUUUCCCUGCGGAAGCAUUGUACUACGACGACGACGACAACGGUCACAACGGCAGCGAUUGCACCCAGAUAGGUUGUAACCCCGGCUGUGACCACAAUGGAAAUUGCGAAGACAACUCUACCACAACAGGACAACACCCCACAGAAACUACGCCUCAGGACGACAAUGCCCCAACAACGCCUCAGGACGGCCGUGCCCCAACAACGCCUCAGGACGACAAUGCCCCAACAACGCCUCAGGACGGCCAUGCCCCAACAAUGCCUCAGGACGGCCAUGCCCCAACAACGCCUCAGGACGACCAUGCCCCAACAAUGCCUCAGGACGGCCAUGCCCCAACAACGCCUCAGGACGGCCAUGCCCCAACAACGCCUCAGGACGGCCAUGCCCCAACAACGCCUCCGGACGACCAUGCCCCAACAAUGCCUCAGGACGGCCAUGCCCCAACAACGCCUCAGGACGGCCCUGCCUCAACAACCACGCCUUCCGGAUACCACACCACGCAAACAACUCAUCUGGGCAACAAUUCAACGACGAUUUGUCCCCCGUGCGACUGUGACGCACUGAACAGUGCCUCAACUAAUGCAACAGAAAACACAAACCAAACCAUCACUCCUACAGUCACUCAACCUUCAACAAGCGAUAGCAUAUGCGAUUGUACAAUCGAAUGCCUCAGUACCACGCCUGAUACACCAAAAGAAACCACAACCACAAAUAGCAUCCUUGUAGUCACACAACCGUCAACAAACCUUACCCUAGGCGACAUUGACACAACAACUCCUCCACUGGACGACCAAUCCUCUACAAACAUUCCGAUACACAGCGAUUCUUCAACACAACUUUCCAUAGACAAUAACUCCACUGAAGAAAUUCCCUCAACAACUACUUCACCAGAAGGCCAACUCUCAACCACCAUUCCUACACCUUCAACAAACUGUCCCCUAGGCAAUUGUUCCAACUGUAACUGUCUCCCUAAUGAUUGUCCUCCCUGUAAUUGUGCCCCAUGUAAUUGUGCCCCAUGCAAUUGUGCCCCAUGCAAUUGUGCCCCCUGUAAUUGUUUCUCAGGAAAUAGUGCUAAAGCCAAUAGUACAACAAACGAUUGUCGCUCCAAAUGUAUAUCAAUCAAUGUUCUCUCAGGAAAUUGUCCCCACUGCAGUUGUCCCCCUUGCAGCUGUCCUUCCUGUAACUGUCCCCCAUGUAAUUGUCCCUCGUGCAACUGUCCCUCAUGAAAUUCUGUCUCAUUCAAUUAAACCUUAGGCAAUUUUUUUUCCCUGUAGAACCGUAUCUCAGACCAUUGUCUCCCAACAACUACUCCGUCAAUUUUUUUAAACUCAAAACUGCCCCCUCAUGAAAUUACUCCCGAUUCAAUUGUCACUAAUGCCAUGUCUGUCCCUCAUGUAAUGGUCUUCGGUGCAAUUGACUUACGCAAUUUUCCUCUACAAAUUUAUCUCAUGCAAUAAUCCUUCAUGCAAUUUUCCUCCAAUCAAAUGUAUUUAAGACAACAAUCACCCAUGCAACUGUAACUGAGACAAAAAUCCCCAAUAAAAAUUCUUAAAGACUUCAAUUCUCCGCCAAACUAUCCCCCUAGUGUAACUAUGGCACCUGCAACUAUGCUUUAUGCAUUGUCCAUCUUGCAAUUUCCCUUUAACAAUUGUAUUCUAUGCAUCUGUAACGGAGUUCAAUAUCUCCCAUCAACCGUUUUGUCGGACAACCAUUCUUUAUCAAACCAUUUUUUAUGCAAAUUUCCCUCAAAUAAUUUUUCCCCUGCAACUGUACCCAUCGGGGAGAAACUCUAACUGCCGAGAUUGGGACCUAUUUUUUUUUAAGUAUUUUUUGGUUCAUCCUCUAGAUAAUAGCUUUCAUAAUACAUUUCUAAUAUAGCUACAAUGAACGUGAGAAGCAAUGCAUCAAAUAUUAUCAGGAAAACAAACCAGUUAAAAAUUAAUUCACUUUAUUUUGGUAGCCAAAUAUGACUGAUAUUUACAAUUUUUUUUAAAAUUACAAACCAAAAUUAAUUUUUUGGUCCAGAUUAAAUCUCUUCUACUAAGCAAUUAGUCGUCAAGUAGUUUUUUUUUGCUAGUAGUAACAGGCCUACCCGACAGAUAGCGCGUCGCGCAAAACAUGGCUUCAGAUCCCACUGUAAGAGUCGCACUUCUUGUUCUAUGACCGACAGUGCGUGGCACUGUGCCCUCUGGAACAGCCAGAGCUCGGCUGUAGUCUGCCACGGGAGGAUCCUGGCGGGUGCAGUUCAGCCAGCGGCCACCAGGGGCGCCGCCUGCAAUGACAACCCCGCCUGCAGCGCCCGAGUUCACUGAUGCUGCAACCGCGCGAUGUCAACCUCGAUGAAGAUUCCAAUCAGCCGUUCAACUCGGUCUCUACGCAACCCUUGCGUCCUGAACCCACCGACGCUUUCUUCGAGUCACGCCGAGCUCUUUGCAAAGACGUCACACACGUCAAACACAGGCAUGCCUGAACCCUGCGAACCUGCUCAGACCUACAUGCUUACACCACUACUGCGCGACGCGCCACGGAUUCUUGCAGCUCGUGCUCAUAUCGGUCGACUUGUUCGGAAUAACACGAUCAUGGUUCGGACCUCGGAUGCUUAUUCCUGCUUGUUUUCAACAUACCGACGAACAAAGACAUGAACACAGACAAGUGGGCCUGACACUAUGGUCUGUCCCACGCUUAGAUUGCAGUAUAGAGUAAUGGCGACAACAAUCAUACUAUCCAACUUCGGAAAAUAAAAAAUAAAAAACCUUGUUUUGUUUAUCAUCUUCAAUAAUGCAUAGUAAGUUUAGAUAUAUUUUUUUAACUUUACUAUUUGUUAAUUUUUCUGAGAUCAUAAAACAUCGUAUAUUCAUAGUACAUAUUAUUUCAUUUGUAGUUAUUCUGAAAGAAAAAAAUAAUCAAUCCAAUGCUAAAAAUGAGUUUAUUAUUCUACAUAAGCAACUAGUUGUUGCAGUCUUUCACUUGGUUAAAACAAUUAAAUUAGUACUAAUAAAUUAGAAACUUUUAAUAACAAGGCCUUCCAUUAAAUUGUGUGCUCUGCUAAAAAAAAAAAAGCAAAUAUUUUAAUAUUCAAUGACAUAAAAAAAUGUUGAAAAAACAGUUGAAACCAAGAUGGCUUCUUUAGUUUACGACUCCUUAGAAAUAAAAAUUAAAUACUGAUAACGCUCUUGGCAUAAAUCGUGCACAAGAAAGAGAGAGUAAAUGCACACUUAAAUGCACACUGCAAUCCAAAAAUGAAAUGCGCUAUAGCCCACGAAUAGCAGGUAGCUUCGCGUCUGUGUCAACAUCGUGACAGCCUGAAUUAGGAGUAUAAAUUCAAAUAAUAUUUUUUAUAGCUCUGUAUUGAGAAUUUGGCUUUCCUUUUAAAUCCAAUUGUAAAUAUCAAUAAUCCUUUUUUAAACUGUAAAAUAGUGACUGUUAACAGUAUUUAUACAGUUGUAUUAUUAAGAAUGAAAUUAACACUGAACGUAUGUAUUUGUUUCAGGUAAACGUUAUUAAGUACAUACAAUUUUUUUUUUUAAAGUUUCAUCACAAGUUGUAUCUUAACAAGCUGAAAAUUUAUGUGAAUAAAUAUAUUAUACUUAGAC